GGCCCGGGAAAUCGAAACUACAGGACCAGUGCUGGCUGAUGGCCACGACGGAGUGUUUCUCCUGCCAGUCAGGAACUUCCUGCAGGUUCUGAUUGGUCAGAAAGUCUGUGUAUGCAUGUGGUGAAGGCGGCCCCCAUGAGAGUCCAGCAGCCUGACCUCACCCGGUGCAUCUGAGAGGUUCGUCCUGCAUGGCACCCACGUUUUACCACUCGUGGCCUGAGUUCGUGGACAUGAAGGAGGAGAAGGAGGCGUGCUGGGGCCGGCGGGUGCCGCUGUGGUUAGUGCUGGCCUUGCUGCUGGUGGCCAUCUCUCUGGCCGUGGCUGUGGGCAUCUUGGACAACAAGGCCAACAGCAAGGCCUGCCUGGAAGGGCUGAAAGCAGAGCAGCAGUGUCGCAAUGCCACCAGCCUCCUGGAGCACCAGCUCAGCGGGAUCCAGCACAGGCUGCUAUCCUCGGAGAACCAGGCCAGCACCUGUAACCACACUGUGGUGAAGUUGACCAAAUCCUUGGAAAUGGCGAAGGCCGAAACCCUGAGCCAGCAAACGCGGAUACAGGAGCUUCAAAGAGAGACUGAGGUAUGGAAGAAGAAGCUACAAGAUGCUCUGAUGGAGGUGGAACAACUAAGGGGACAGGCUAGCGCCCACUCGACCAGGUCCAGAGCGUCGGCCCAAGUCGUGGAGAAGUUUGCGCUGCUGGGUCUGUGCUGGGUGGCAGUGACACUGUACUUCUGAGACCCGGGGGCUGCAGCCUUAACACCUGGCCGGCUCCAACGUUGCCUGGAAGUGAUGCGGCUGGAGGCGACCUCAGGGGCAGAAAGGGCACAAGCGGCAGGGAGGGAGGGUAAAGGGAGGGGGGGGUUCUGCGGAGGAGUCAUGAAGUAGUCUGGGAUGGGCGAUGUGGGAGCCAGAGGGGACAGGAUACUGCCUCCCCACCCCCACCCCAGAGCUGGAGUGAGUUCCGGGCUUGGACGGGGUAGGGGGCCGGGCACCCACUCUCUACCAUCAUGGUGUUUGAGGGGGUCACUUUGCUCUGGAAUCUUCCAGCUUUAACAAAUAAAGGCCUUACUCUC